GUCACUGUCACUGUCACUGUCACUGUCACUGCCAGCCUGCCUCAGUACCACUACCUCAAUACCUUCGACCAGGUAGCUAGCCAGAUCGUGGCCCAGCAAAACAGAGACACGCCCUCUUCCUUUCCCUCCAUGUGAGGUUCCCGACCCUCCUCUACCUCAACCACGACGUCGCAUCUUUUGCCCCGCUGAAGCGGUCUGUCGACGUCAAGAUGCGCAUCUCCAACAUGCGUCUGCCCAACGGUAUGCGCAACCUGAGCGUGCGCUUGUCUCAAGUCAAAAUACCCCAUCCUCACCCGAGGCGCAUCAUUCUCUAUGCAAUGAUCACCGCCAUGAUGGUCGGCAUGAUCGUCAUCUUCACCAUGAGCGAUACCCUCUUCGGCCCCAAAAAUACCGGCUUCGACCCUUUACUCUCCCGAACCAACGAUUACCGCCUCCUCACCAGCCGACGCAAUAACUUGGGCUUCUACAACACCAUCAACGUCAAGAAGACUGGUCAGAAGAUUAUGAACCCGACCCUUCUCGAGUUGCCAAAGGGUAGCAAGCACGACUUUCUCGUCAUUGCCCGCGCUCCCCACGUCGACCAAGAUAUCAAGGGCAAAAAGUACAGACGCGCCCAGCAAGUCGCCACCUUUGUUAGCCUCACCUGGGAUGCAUUCGGCCGGCCCGAGCUCACUGCGGAUAACGAUUGGCAUAAGAUGCUUGUUGAGGACUUUACAGAAGCCCAAGGCCCCGAGCAUCAUUGCAAGAACCAGCCCGAUAUGGAUAAAUACAUUGGUCCCGAGGAUAUGAAGCUCUUCUGGAGGAAGAACGGCACUCCCAUGCUUAUCUUCACCCACCAGGUCAACGACGAGAACCUUUGCGAGGGCAUGUACAUUGUCGAUGCCCGUGCUGCUGUUCCCGAGCUCGUGAAGCAAAUGGGCAAGCACGCAAAAAAACUACCGGCCAUUGCAUUCGAUAAACCUGUCCUUCUCCGACGCCAGCCCCCCGAAGGCGAAGAAUCAGAUGCCCGAUACCAACGCGAGAAGAAUUGGGCCCCUGUCUACAACCCUUUUAGCGAUGACGAUGACGAGAUGAUGUUUAUGGUUGAGCCUAGCCAGCUGUACCGCUUCAACUCGACCGACGAGCCUGUCCAGAACAUGGAAGCCGAAGCCGAGUCCGCCGUUGACGAGCCCUUCCCCCCCGAUCACGAGGGCAAGACGUGGCACUCAGACAGCAAGACCUGUAUGAACGACGUUAUGCUCACCGAAAAGCGCGUCCACCAAUCGACGCCAAUGCUGAGCUUGACCCUUUGCAAUCGCGGGGCGUGCGAGCCUGCGGCAAAUAACACGGUCAUUAUGGGCAUGGUGCAGAUGCGCUACGACCCUCCCCAAUACACAAAUACGUGGUACGACCACCGAAUCGUCGUCUACUCGCCAGUUGCGCCCUUUAAUAUGAUGAGCAUCAGCAAGAAGCUCACGUAUCACGGCGAGACCAACAGCAAGUAUAUCUGGACGGGAAGCAUGGUGUACCACGGAGACCAGCCAACGCAACGUAGCCACGGCUACCUCGAUGACGAGAUUUUGCUGAGCUUCGGCAUCGGCGACUCGGCGCCGGGUUGGCUGGACAUCAAGGCCGAGGAGCUGGUGAUUGAUCACUAUUUCUGCCAGGGCGCAACAUCGGGGUAUAGGGACAGCAUCAAACAGCAUUCAUCAUGACGAGACACGAACAAUGUAAUCGGUAAUAGAGUCGCAUAUUAAUUUGCACGGUGUAUCACAUAUAGGCAUAGCAUUAUUUACAUAGAUGUACAGAGAAUAGAUCAAGUGUAUACUUAAUCAAGUACCUUGGGAUAUGGAGUUUGGGGGCAUGUUAGACAGAAACAGAGAGGCCAUCUAGAGAAUUGACCGAUUCCAACUGUAUUCGC